AUGGCAGAAAUUAUGGCACCCACGCACAAUCCCGACGACAAAUUCAGUCGAGUGUACUCCCAAUGGGGUGAUGGAGGUUGGGGUCUGAUUUUAACCGGCAAUGUUCAAGUCACUGAAACUUAUCUUGGCGCUUCUGGGGAUGUUGCCAUCACUGGACCUCGUGAAAAUAGUGCAGCCAUUGAGACGGCUUGGCGCAAUUGGGCUACUGCUACACAGGAAAAAGGAACUCCUGCACUUGUUCAACUCUGCCACCCGGGCCGGCAAUCGCCCCUAGGCGCUGGGACGCGCUCGUUAUUGACUAAAAAUAUCGCACCUUCUCCCGUCGCCAUGAAUAUCGAAUCUGGGUGCCUUGCCCGCGUGGUUACCGAUGUGUUGUUUGGCACGCCCCGUGAAAUGACACAUGCCGAGAUUGUUGAGGGAAUACAACAAUUCAUUGACGCCGCUCGGCAAGCCUAUCUGGCGGGGUUUAAAGGCGUUGAGUUACAUAGUGCGCACGGAUACUUACUCGCUCAGUUUCUGUCCCCUAGGACAAAUCUGAGAACUGAUGACUUCGGUGGUAGCCCCGCGAAGCGCGCUGAGAUAGUCCUGCGUAUUAUUGCCGGCAUCCGAGCAGCCACCAGUCCGCAGUUCUGUGUCGGAAUCAAGAUGAACAGUGUCGAUAUCAGUGAGCAAGGUGACGGCGGCCUUGCCGCUGCCCUUGAACAGAUGGGACUUGUAAUUGAUGCAGGAGUUGACUUUAUCGAGAUUAGUGGCGGGUCCUUCGAGAAUUUCUCCUUUUUGGAAGCCGACUCGCCGAUGGAUGCUACCACCCCGACGGUUGUUGUGCCAACUCGUAAGAAGAAGACGAUCGAUCGUGAGGCAUUUUUCCUCGACUUCGCAAAAACAGUGCGGGAGCGUUAUCCUUCCAUUCCUCUUAUGGUAACUGGCGGCUUCCGCAGUCGGGCCGCGAUGCAAUCGGCUCUUGAGAGCGGCGCUUGCGAUAUCAUCGGAAUUGGACGGCCUGCAGCGAUGGUGCCGAAGCUGCCGAAUUUAGUGAUCCUCAACAAAGACAUUAGUGACAAGGAAGCCAAGAUCCAGCUCAAGCCGGUAGAGAUGGGUUGGCUAAUGAGCAAGGUGCCGAUCAAGGCACUAGGGGCGGGCGCUCAGAGCAAGUAUUAUGGGGAACGUAUCCGGAGGAUGGGCAUGUCGCCAACCGAGUAG